AUGCUGAAGAAUGACCUCUCACUCGACAGAGCGCUUCAGCUGGAAAAAAAGGCUGUAGACACUGACGAGCUUUCCCACUCAGAGCCUACCGAAUUCGGCCGAGGGAUGAGGAAAAAGUAAGUGUUUGCUUUUCAUUAAUUUAUCUUUGUAGGUUUGUCCGCCAGCUCACCUCAGACGACGACGAGGAUGAUGAUGAUGAAGAAUUAGCUGCGCAAAGACCGAGACAAGAUAAUCAAUUAACUGCCUGGCCCACGCCGCCACGCAUUCUCCAGUAA